AUGGCCCACUGUAAUCCACGGUCGCCAACCUCAUCAUCCCCUGAUGAUGUCAACCUGGGUCCUUCAGCAAACCCUCAUGCCAAGCCCACUGACUUUGACUUCUUGGCUGUCAUUGGCAAAGGGACCUUUGGAAAGGUCCUGCUUGCCAAGCUCAAAGACACCAAACAAUUCUAUGCUGUCAAAGUGCUGCAGAAGAAAGUCAUCUUGAAGAAAAAGGAGCAAAAAAACAUCAUGGCAGAGCGAAACGUGCUGCUAAAAAGUCUACAACACCCCUUCCUGGUUCGGCUACAUUACUCCUUCCAGACUACAGAGAAGCUCUACUUUGUACUCGAUUAUGUGAAUGGAGGAGAACUCUUCUUUCAUUUGCAGCGUGAGAGAUGUUUCUCCGAGCCUAGAGCAAGGUUCUACACUGCAGAGGUGGCAAGCGCUAUCGGCUACCUUCACUCACUCAACAUUGUCUACAGGGAUUUGAAGCCAGAAAAUAUCCUCUUGGAUUCUCAGGGCCAUGUAGUGCUGACAGAUUUUGGCCUCUGCAAAGAAGGUGUGGAGCCAGAGGGGACCACCUCAACGUUCUGUGGAACACCAGAGUACUUAGCACCAGAAGUUCUUCGCAAGGAACCGUAUGAUAGGACAGUUGACUGGUGGUGUCUUGGAGCUGUGCUCUAUGAAAUGAUAUACAGUCUGCCUCCUUUCUACAGCCGUGACGUCGGUGAAAUGUAUGAUGCCAUUCUCCAUAAGCCUCUGCUGCUCCCACCAGGAAAAUCUGAGGCCGUGUGCUCUCUGCUAGAGGGUCUCCUGCAAAAGGACCAGCACAGACGCUUCGGGGCCAUCGCCGACUUUUUAGAAAUCAAGAAUCACACAUUUUUCUCUCCAAUCAACUGGGAUGACAUUUACCACAAGAGAAUCACUCCUCCUUACAACCCGAACGUGAGGGGCCCUGCCGACACUCAGCAUAUCGACCCCGAGUUCACCAGAGAAAUGGUUCCUAAUUCUGUAAGUCGGACGCCAGAAUUCAACGCCAGCACGAGCGCCAACAAUGCAUUCAAUGGCUUUUCCUACGUGGCCAGCGAAGAUAGUUAUCUAUGA